AUGCCACUUUUCGAAACUAUUCCUGUCGAUGUUGAACAAGUCCGUCAGCUUGCACGUGACCAUUGGGGCGUCGAAGUGGGAGAGUGCAUUAAAGCUUCACAAAAUCACACUUUUCUUGCCAACAAAGGCUCGACAGAACGUUUCGUUGUACGUGUUACACCUGAUCCAGAAAACAAGCGAUUUGAUUGCACUGAGCUUGAAGUGGCUCUGCUAAACUAUCUACACGACAACAAGCUCCCGGUGUGUGCAGCCGUUAAAAGCUCAGUCACUACUUCUGCUGUCGUCCGCGACGGCUCCUUAAUUAUCUGCCUAUUCACAUUUGCAACUGGAGAGCCUGUAGUCUUCACGGAUUGGACAUGGAUGACGAAUCGAGAGAUAGUUGUUGGACUUGGGCGGUGGUUAGCUCGUCUACAUAAACUCACCCGUCGCUUCGCCCAAGAGCAGCCAGUGCUAGCUGCUCGUGCUCGCCACUGGACCACACUUCACGAAGGAGUUUUGGCCGGCGUAGAAGUCGACGAACGCGAUAGUAAAACAGCAGCGGACCCGUUUUAUUUUGGGGUGAUUCACGGCGACGUAAACCCAAGCAACUACUAUUGGGAUUCUACUGUCGGAAUGCCGUGCAUGUUUGACUGGGAUCAACUACAGCAAUCGUGGUUUCUCUACGAUUUGUCGGCGCCAAUUUUUGGUGUUAUUUCGCUCGAACGACACGGUUCUCCUAUUGAUCGGUCAAUUGUACCGCAAGCAAACUCGAAGCUGUACACGACAUGGCUUCUCGAGGGUUAUGAAUCAGAAGAAGGAGUUGUUGCUGUCGAUCGAGACGCUCUUCAACGGAUGGUAUUGAUUCGUCGAGAGCUCUAUAAGCGAUUCUGCCGAAAAGCAUUGCUGGAACUACCCGCUGAGCACCCCAUGGCACAAUUUUGCCAGUUUGUGACCGACUCUUUUGACAAAGAAGAAAAAGAGACAUUGUUACGGCCCACACCAUCGAACUCUGACAUCUAA